GGCCAGCGGAGCGGUCUUCAGUUCGUUCCCAUGUGUUCGAGUGCGCGGAAGCCGAUGGUUGUGCCGUCCACCCACGUGACUCCCUGCCGGGUCGUGUCUGCGGAGGCGAAGACGAAACACGAACAUGAGCCGGAUAGAUGCCGAAUCGCAGGCGUAUUGGAACUACUUGGCUGUGGACGAAGAUAUUGCGUCGUGAGAGGUGGACAGUUGGAGAUAUACCCAGGGGUCGUGCCUGGUGGUCAUCCAACUUGGAGAAUCCCACUCACCACUAUGAAUCUUCUGCCAGCUCCUGGACCCCAUCUUGCUUUCACACUCACGAGGCAUAACGACAAUCUUCCUACUGUGACAUUCAGCGUCGAUAACAGCAACGAAUAUGAAAGAUGGGUGAAGGCGAUUGCCGCUGAACUUAUGCGACAGACACCCCUGGAAAGGGUGAGGUUUCUCGAUAUACUUGGAAUAACAGGGUCGCUGAGAAGAGCCCAGAGUGCUGACAACUUGGCCCGUGCCGUCAAGCCAGACAUCCAGAGGCACAGGUUUACAAAACGGUCCACGGACCUCCCAGAUGUUGUCAGGGAUUUACCUCCUUGCUACAGAAAAUCUAGAUCGAGGAGGCGAGAAUUGAGAAACAGCAAAAUAAUAUUGAGCCGGGUUCAAAGUAUGGAGACCCUCGAUGCCCUUUCCAGCUCUGAGAACGAAAUGAACGAACUUCUCGACCGAUGCCAACGGACAGACGAAUACGUCCCGGUCAAAGAAAAGAGGAUACUUUUCGAAACCUUGUGCAAAGGAAGGUGCGAAUCACCGUACCGGCCUCUGGAGAUGGGAAGGGCCCAUUCUCUCCACGACCUGAGUACUCCCAUAAGGAGCAGAGAAAAUUGCGUCCCUGUCAAAGAGAUAUGUCGACUUUUCGAACAGAAGUCCCAUCCAUCGAGGACGAGUGAAAGGGAAUAUCAUUCCUACACUCCACAGACCGAAACUGUGGACGAUUUAAUAAAAAGCACAAAUGCUGACGAAGAAAGAGCCAGGAAGCAAUUUAGGAUUGCCGAUGUCAAAAUAAGGCAUCACAGUAAUGUCCGAUAGAUUGUAAAAUAAGUCAGUUUUAUAUAUCAAAACAAUUAUAAAACAUGUAUCAAAGGAAGAUUUUUAUUUACCAUCUAGUUUUGUAUUAAUGUACAUAACACUACCAGACUGAUUAUAUUUUUAGUUGUUUAUAAUUUGUAAAUUUUGUAUUUAUUUUAACACCGGCUUAUCAAUAAAUGUAAUAAAA